GGGUUAUUUAAGCACUCCCCUCCUAUCAUGCCAACAGAAGGCAUUUCAUUGGAAACACCAACUUCAUUUUUCUCACUCUUUUGCCACUAGACUAGAGUGUUGAUCAGUUUCAGCCUGCAGCCAAGAACUGAACAAGGACAGAAGCUGGAAAUGGCACUUAGCAAAGACCGUGGAAUUACAAUGAAUGAUGGGAACAAAAUCCCCAUACUGGGAUUUGGAACCUAUCCCCCAGACGCUUGUGAGGAGGCUACAAAGACAGCAAUAGAAUUCGGCUUCCGUCAUAUUGAUGGCGCAUAUGUAUACCAGUCUGAGGAGCAAGUUGGGCGGGCCGUUCGUGCGAAGAUUUCAGAUGGAACAGUAAAAAGGGAAGACAUUUUCUACACUGGAAAACUCUGGAGUACCUUCCACCGCCCUGAGCUGGUUCGAAAAUGCUUAGAAGAAUCCCUGAAGAAACUCCAGUUUGACUACAUGGAUCUGUUCAUAAUUCACAAUCCAUUUUCUAUGAAGCCUGGACCAGAUUUACUUCCCACAGGAGAAGACAAAAAAACAAUUUUUGACAACGUAGAUCUUCGUCAGACAUGGGAGGCAAUGGAGGCGUGCAAAGAUGCCGGCUUGGUGAGGUCCAUCGGAGUGUCCAACUUCACCCGUAAGCAGCUGGAAAUGAUCCUGAACAAGCCAGGAUUGAAAUACAAGCCAGUGAUAAACCAGGUAAAGCGUGAUUGACCUCUGUAAGGGUUU